AUCGAAUAUUCGAAUAAAAAUGAAUCUGAUAUUUAUUAGAGUAUACUAUUGCCAAAUCAGCUAUAAAUCACUAAAUCGUGUGUAAAACUCUAUAAAUCGAUAAAUAGCUAUAAAUUUACUAUAUCCGCAAAAUGGAUAGAACUAAUUACUAUUCUGGUUUAAACCCUAUAGUGGUGCAGGUGCUAAACAAUCUGCAAUAUAGGUAUAGUGGUGAAACACCAGAAAUGUGGUGUUCUCGUAUUCGUUAUCCUUUUAAGAAACUUCUUGAAUAUAACCCAAAAUACUUUUCGAAGAAUGGAUUUAUUCAGAUGAUUGAAAGAGUAUAUAUAGAUGGGAAAUUUAAAGAUGGAGAACGCUCAUUUCAUAUUUAUUGCACUGUAUGCGACUCCUUGGUAAUUAUUCGUGAAAAUACCAUCGAAUGUGCUAAUGAUCACCUGAAUAAAUGUAUUACUAAAACUGCUAAAAGGCAUAUUACAUAUUCUAAACCUGUACAGAAAAAUGUGAAAAAAAUAGUAUCAGAAUUAAGUGAUGAUGAAAUUAAUGAAAUUUAUGAUAGUAUUUAUUUUAGAUACAGAAAAAGCUCUGAAUGUUUUUGCUCUCGUGAUUCAAAAGAAAUUAGGAAAAGUACUGUAUAUCGAUUAAUUAACAGUGCAAAAGUUAUCCAACGGGCUUGGAGAGCUUUCAAGUUGAGACCUGAAACAUGGGCGAAACGAGUUUGGAAUAUGGUGAGGAAUGAUGGCACUCCUGAUAGGAAGAAAUUCUUAGGUAUACUUUCAACUAGAGAAAGGAAAAUAAAUUCUCAGACUCGAGAAGAAUAUGCUUUAUUUAUCGAUGAAAAUGUUAACAAUUAUAAAAGAGCAUAUAGCGAAAAUCUUGCUCAAAAAUAUAUUAAAGAAUUUCUAGCCGAAUGGGCCACAGGGUACGAGAAAUAUAAAUAUUAUGAUCCUGAUUAUUGGGUAGAAACGAAGAAAUACCAGUUAAAUAAGCGCCUAAAUGCUGUAGCAUAUAUAGUUGCUUUUAUAAAAUCGUAUCAGCAAGGAUAUAGACUCGUCAGUUGUGGACACUGGACUUUUAUGUUAAAAUAUCUAACUGAUCCUGAAUAUUACCGUACUAGCAAAGAUGGAAACAACAUUGUCGUAAACUUUGUUAAAAUUUCAGAAUAUGCGCGAUAUUAUUGUAAAGAGAAAAGAAAGCCUUAUCCAUGUGAUUCGCUAGAAAUUAAUAUUUUCAAAUCUAAUUAUUGUCUUCAUAUUCCCCAGGGAGGGUCUACUAUCAUAGAUUUCUCAGAUUUUAACAAUAAUUGUGAAUAUGUGCAACGAGUUUUUCAAGUCUUAAAUUCUUUAUUGAAAUAGUGUAGUAUACAACAUAAUUAGUCAAGCAAUA